AUGGAGGAGGUCUUUGUGGAUGAGGUAGGUUCAGGUUUAGGAGGAAUGGAAGCAGAGGUAGUGGAGUGUCUGAGUAGGCCGAGGGGUGGGGUAGGGGUAGUAGGGUGCUGUGGGGCUGGGAGAGGCCAAGGCAGUUUGGAUACAAAUGGGGUUCUUUGGCUGUCCUUCUCUUUGGAAGAAGGUGUAGAGGCUGGAGCCUUUGGUUUUGUAGGAGGUGGUUCCGAAAAUGGGGUGGGUGGGUCUUUGCUGACUCAAGGUCUCCUCUCGGCUACGAAACUAUUGGAGUCCGAUGAUGAUGCAAUAUUUAAGAAAGUUCAAGAAACCCAUAAACCUCAGGGUCGCCAAGUUGAUAACAUUGACGGCUUAUUCAGUAUCAUUGGCAAAAUCUUGCUUCAUGACAAUCCCAAAAGCGAUCAUGAUGUUCCAAAUGAAAAAUCAGUAGUGCAUGAAGUACCGGCUUCCCUCAUAAACAAAAUCUGCUGCAAGCUAGCAUGCAAUUGCACGGAUAGAGAUGCGGAAGAAACAACUAUGACGAUUCUCGAAAAAGAACUUCAAAACUAUCUGUGGGAUGAAAAGCUGGUUAUUGUGGCAGCUGCUUUUGCAGUGAAUUAUGGUGAAUUUUAUCUGCUUACUCAGCUUGACACUCCAGAUCCAGUUGCCAAGAAUAUGGCUUUCCUUAAGCAGCUGCAAUUCAUCAAGGAAAUUGGCAGUGCAUCCCAAAAUCUCUCUGGAGCAAUUAAUGAGCUUAUCCACGCCAUAAUGACUGUAAUCAAAUGUGUUCUCCUGUUCAGUGUUCUAGAUCCUAAGUAUUUUGAAGCUGAAGAACAACCAUCUGCCCCGACUGAAAUAGCCAGAGCUACCUACUGGACGAUUUAUAGUGUUGUGACCUGCGGCUCUUAUAUUGCUAAACUUGUUGGGUUGAGAAAUCAGAACACCAUGGCAGAAAUGACAUCGCGACUGAAAACGCUGGCUUCUAAAGUUAGUAGCAUGCAGAAAGUCCUGCAAGUUAAAUUUUCUCAUCGCAAACAUCAAAUUGAAACUUACAAGUGGCUCAUCAAUCGUUUCAACACAUACCAAGACCAUACCAUCCUCAGCGACUUAUUUGACGUCGAGGGUGGGAAGACAGCCCUUGUGGUAGGCCAUGACAACAAGAAAGAGGUUCGCAAUUUACCCAAUUUCAACUCUGACACUUCCCAGCAUCUCACUUGUUAA